GUCUGACUACAUCUUGACUGGUGACGACACCAAAUUUUGAUUUCAUUUCCAAGUACCAACAGAUAUUGUUUUACGGUACGGUACGGUAAUCGAAGCAGUCCGUGCCUUUUAAUAAUUAAUUCUAUUGCAAGACAAGCCUUCCUUGGUUCACCCAGAAAACUCUUCUCAACCCUUGAUUCCUCGGCAUUCCACAACGCUUGCUGCGGUUACUAGACGCGCAGAUUUAAUUUUGAACCAAGUUUUUUUUUUCCUUCGGCAUCAUCAAUCGCCGUUCCCAUCUCACCACAGUCCUGUCUGUUCGUUGCAGGCGACUGGUGAUUAAUUUUGCUUUUCUCUGUCUGUUAUCAACAACCAUCGAUCUAGAAGGCGGCUAGAAAAGGCUUGCCGCGGCAAAGGCUUCCUUGAUGUCAUAGAGAUCCCGCAAAAGGGAUUGAACAGAGGGAUCAUGGCGCCACCAACAGGGCCUUUGAAUUUGGAUGUUGAAGCAAUAUCUGGGAUAUGCGGAUCAAUAUCGAUCGCAUGCUGGGUCGUCGUCUUCUCGCCCCAGAUUGUCGAGAACUUCCGCCGCGGUAGUGCAGAUGGCCUGUCGCUGCAGUUCAUCAUCAUCUGGCUACUCGGUGAUGUCUUCAACAUCCUGGGGGGCGUAAUGCAGGGUGUCCUGCCGACCAUGAUCAUACUGGCCAUCUACUACACGAUAGCCGACGUCGUUCUUCUGGGCCAGUGCUUCUACUACAGAGGUUUCACCUGGCGCGACGAGGUUGUUCCCAGCUCGACCCAGACACCCAAACCUGCGGAUGGUGGUGUCUCGAAUGGCAAUGGUAGCAACCACCACGGCCAGCAGCCCAACGAGCGGACGGCUCUGCUUGCAAAUGGCUCGAGCACUGGUCAGCAAGGCGCGUCGAGCCGUCGCGGCUCCUGGUCUGACCAAUCCUACCACCUAUCACCGGCUGUCCCGCUGAUCGACGAUGCCGUACUUGCGCGGGACGCUUUGGCUGCGUCUGUCGCCUCACCUUCGGCCACUCGAGGAGCUCCCGAUAACCGCCCAAGUCGGUUGCAGGCAGUAGCCUUCAACUCCUUGGCCGUGUUGAUGGUGUGCGCAUCAGGGGUUGCGGGGUGGUACCUCAGCAGGUCGCGAUCGGACCGAGAGGCGCCCAGUAAGGGCGAGGACUUGCUCGAGUUUAACAUUCUCGGCCAAGUGUUUGGUUGGCUCUGCGCGGUUCUUUAUCUCGGCUCGCGUGUGCCACAGAUCCUCCUCAACUAUAGACGCAAGUCCACCGAGGGCGUCAGCAUGCUCUUCUUCCUGUUCGCCUGCCUCGGAAACCUGACUUACGUCCUCUCCAUAUUCGCCUUUGAGCCGCGCUGCAGAGACAAGCACUCGGGCAUUGGGCCACACGCAGGGGGCUGCGUAGGAGGCGAGGCUGGAAGGAUCUAUGGGCAGUACAUCCUCGUCAAUCUGUCAUGGCUCGCCGGCAGCCUUGGCACACUGCUCCUCGACAUGGGCAUAUUUGUCCAGUUCUUCAUUUACAACAAGGACGAUGGCGAGGAGUUCUUUGCCGACUGCGACGCGGAGGGAAGCAGGCGAGCAUACUCCCCAUCGACCGUGGCUAUCGAGGAGGACGACGAUGAGGAAAGCAUAGACGGGGACCGCUGGGAUCCACGGCCCCUUCUCGAGCGAAGCGUGUCCAACUCGCCGCGUUGAGCAUAGACUCCAUACGAGAUACUCGGCCCCCGGCGGAGUAACAGGCUCGCCCGAGGCAUUGAAAGCACUCGAUCAUAGAGAGGCCAGCCCUGGAGGAAGGUUUGGAUCACGGAAAAGUUUGGAGGUGUUUUGUUUAGUCUUGAUUUGAUUUGUCUGCUAAUGUAACUAGAAACAAUAAAAAAAAUCAAGGUGGAUUCAUGAUUAUUCAUGGGCUGUACUUGAUACUUCCCUGGAUGAACACUAGGAGUGG